UGUGAGACAGCGCCACAGCUCCACUGGUGAGCUAACAGGAGGGUGUCUCAGAAGUCAGCAGUCGCAGUUCGCCUCCCGUGCGAGUGUGUGUGUGCGCGUCUGCCUCUGUCUGUGUCCCACCGACUCCUGUGAGCGCCCAGCACAGCUAUCGGCCCUAUCUCUCCGGCGCGACUCCCUUUUCCAGGACCAGUGAACAGGGGGGAAAUACCAGAAGGAUAAUGACCCAGCGGUUGCACAGUUGUAGGAGUACCGAUAUCUAAACUUGAAGACUGUGGAAUAAGUACAAUCCAUCCAACACUCAGGGUGCGUAGUUUGGUGGUGGUGUAUUGGUAGGCCUAAAGAUGAGGAAGCGGCAGGUGUUGCCGCCGUGUGCCCUCCUGUGGGUGCUGCUGGUGUGCUCUGGCCCACUGCCCCACACCUCCGCCCAGGAUGCAGCCCAAGAGUCCGCCGACCUAGUGCUCUUAAUUGACGGAUCAGAGAACGUUGGAGCCGACAACUUCCCGCGCGUCCGCGAUUUGGCCCUGAAACUGAUCGCGGGGCUCAAUGUGGGCAGGGACGCCGUGCGGGUGGCCCUGGUGCUAUACGGCGCAGACCCCGAGAUUAAGUUCUAUCUCACUAGCCACGAGAGCAAAGCUUCCAUCCAGACGGCCAUACAGGGCCUGACCUUCACCGGGGGCGAUGAGGCCAACUUGGGCGCCGCCCUGGACGAGGUUGUGGAGAGCCUGCUGGUGCCCGAGGCGGGCAGCAGGACAGAUGAGGGCGUGCCGCAGGUGCUCGUUGUGAUCAGUGCAGGGCAGUCCACCGACGAUGUUAGUUCAGGGGAGCUGGCCCUGAAGGAGGCCAAUAUCUAUACGUUUGGCGUGGCGGUGGGUGAGGCGGCCAGGAGCUCUGUGGAGGCCUUGGCGUCUGACCCCAGCUUUGUGGUAAAUUCCCCCGAUCUCACGGCCGUGGAUAGCACGGCUGAGCAACUGGUUCCAUACCUUAAUGGUGUGGCUCAGCGACAAAUUGUCUUACACACUUCUGUCACUGAAGCCUUCUCGGUUGGAAACAGGGACAUCAUUUUCGUCCUGGAUAGCACCAUGGGCAACACGGUUCUGAAUGGCGUGCGUGAGUUUAUCAGGAAGUUUGUCAACAACAUGCCGAUCGCGCCUGACCAGGUACAAAUCGGUGUGGCGCAGUUCGCGACAGCCCCCACGUUGGUGUUCGACCUGAACACGCACGCCUUUAAGGAGUCGAUGGCCGAUGACCUGUCCAAGAUCAAGCCCAGGCCUGCCUCGCAACCCGUCAACAUAGGCGCCGCCCUGGAGUUUGUCAGGAACAACAUGCUGAGGCCGGAGAGGGGAAGCCGUCUCCGAGAUGGAGUGCCCUCACUUGUGCUGCUGCUAACGAGUAAGAAGUCGACCGACAGCGUGGACCAGGCUGCUGAGGGCCUGCAGCGCCUGGGGGUGCUCACCUUGGCGGCGGGAACAAAGAACGCAGAUGAGGCGGAGCUCAAGAAGAUCGCGUUUGACCCCAGUCUGGUCUACAUGAUGAAGGAUUUCCGCCAGCUGCUGCGCCAACCGCAAAUGGUUGUGUCACCGCUGACGACCUUGUCAGGGGUUGUCAUCACCGAGACGCCAACAGAGCCAGUGGUGGAGAUAACAACGGUACAGACCCAAAAGGUGGUUAGAGACAUCAUCUUUCUGGUAGAUGGGUCCGACUAUGUGGGCAGAAACAUGCCCUAUGUCAAGAGCUUCAUCACUGGUGUCGUUAAUCGCCUGGAUGUGAGACCUGACCGUGCACAAAUUGGGCUGAUGCAGUACAGUGACAGAACACAGACGGAAUUCCAUCUCAACACCUACCAGACAAAGCAAGAGGUUCUCGAUGCCAUUGAACGGUUCCAACCGAUGGGAGGUAACACUUUGUACACUGGCGCUGCACUUGGGGAUGCCCUCGCAAAUAACUUCCAGCCCUCUGUCGGGUCUCGUAAGAGAUCAGGAGUCCAGCAGGUGCUGGUUUUAGUCACCGGGGGUCCUUCCCAAGAUGAGGAGAGAAAAGUGGCAGACAGGCUGGCUGUGGCUGGAAUUUUGACCUUUGCGGUGGGCGCAGGCCAGGUGGAAAGGAGGUUCCUUACCAACAUUGCAUUUGUGCCACAGCUGGCUUACUAUGAGGACCGCUUUGACAGCCUGCCAGGUGUUGUUGAGCAGAUAUUUACACCCUUGAUCACAGUGGUCGGAGACACCGAUACUGUAACACCACCCCCACCACCACCUGGAGGACAGAGGGAUGUGGCAUUCUUGAUUGACGGCACAGACGCUGUCAGAGCAGAUUUCCCCUACAUCCGUGACUUCAUCAGAAAGGUCAUAGAGCCUCUCGACAUUGGCGCUGACAAAGUUCGAAUCUCAGUCGUGCAACACAGUGAGAAUCCCUCUCCAAGCUUCUUUUUGAACACCCAUAACACCAAAGACGAGGUGCUCAGAGCUGUCAGCGGGCUCAGGUUGGCCGGGGGGCGCAGCUUGAACACAGGAGUUGCUCUGAAGUUCAUGAAAGAUACCAUCCUUUCGCCCGCCCAUGGCAGCAGAGCAGGCGAUAACGUGCCACAGUUCUUGAUCGUGCUCACUGGCGGGAGGUCACGCGACAAUGUGAGGGAACCAGCGGGAGAUCUGAAGACAACAGGAGUGGUGCCAUUUGGUGUCGGCGUGAAGGAUGCGGACCCAAAGCAGAUCGAAGAAAUCUCCCACAAUCCAUCCUUUGCUUUCAAAGUGCAGGAGUUCAGUGAGCUCGACACCGUCCAGGGGAAGCUCAACCAGAUUGUGAGCCUUCCCCAAGAAGAGCUGGUGGUUGUUCUGCAACAAGUUCAAACCUCAGUGCAAACCUCAGAUGUAAAGAGAGAUGUUGUAUUCCUGCUGGAUGGUUCUGAUGGCACAAGAGAUGGAUUCAGAGAUCUAGUUCUCUUCGUUCAAAGACUAGUGGAGACUCUGAAUGUGAAUGAAAAUGCUGACAGAGUGUCGGUGGUCCAGUUCAGUGGAGACCAAGAAACACAUUUCUACCUGAAUACGCAUUCUAACAAAGAUGAUGUACUAAAUGCCAUAAGAAAUCUCAAACACAAAGGGGGACAAAGAAGUAACAUUGGAUCAGCUCUCACCUUUGUGAGACACAGCAUAUUCACAGCCUCUUCUGGAAGCAGAAGGCUGAAAGGGGUCCCUCAGAUUUUGGUUCUGAUAAGUAGCUCACCGUCUAGGGAUGGUGUUGAGGGCCCUGCAGAGGCACUGAAAGAUCUUGAAGUACUGCCAAUAAGUAUUGCUGUGGGCAGAGCAAACGAAAAUGAGCUGGAAAUGGUUGCACUCACACCAAAUAUGGUGCACAAGAUCUCUGAGUAUUCUUUACUACCAUUAAUUGAACCGGAGGUCGUUGCUCAACUCAAAACCAUUUCAAAAACCUCAAUGGAGGCUACUGGAGAGUUGCCUGAGACAAUAGUUAUAUCCGACGAUUUCAAAAGGGAUAUCAUUUUUCUCCUUGAUGGCUCUGAUGACUCACGAAGUGGAUUACCAGCCAUGCGAGAAUUCAUUAGAAGAAUGACUGAAAAGCUUGACAUCGAUGAGGAUAACACUCGUGUAGCUGUGGUGCAGUACAGUGACGACGCUUUGCCACAUUUUCUACUUAAUACGUACACAACUAAAAGGGAAGUUAUCUACGCUGUGAGAAGUCUUCGGCCAAAGGGAGGGAAACAACUUAAUACCGGUGCUGCACUACAGUACAUUCAGGACCAUGUCCUUGUGCCAUCUUCAGGAAGUAGACGUCACCUUGGUGUUCCUCAAGUGCUCAUCGUUUUGACGGGUGGAGUAUCCAGGGACGAUGUUUUAGGCCCAGCUGCUGACCUUAGAAGAAUGAAAGUUCUCACAUUUGCCAUUGGACUGAAGAACGCAGCGGUGUCCGAACUACAAAAAAUCGCCUAUUCUUCUCGGUUUCUUUUCAACUUGCCCUCCUUUGGAGAACUUUUAUCCAUUCAAACGGACAUCCUAUCCUUUGUUCAGUCCAAAAUGGAGAUUGAGCCCCCUACCAUAGUUGUGGAAUUAGAUGCAGCACAAAGAGACAUUGUUUUUCUGCUGGAUGGAUCUGAUGACACAAGGGAUGGAUUCCCUGCAAUCCGACAGUUUGUGGAAAAUAUGGUGGCAAAACUCAGUGUGGACCAGAAUCACGACCAGUUGUCUGUGGUCCAGUACAGCACAGACCCGGUGGUUAAUUUCCAUUUAAACACUUACACAUCCAAAAGAGAUGUUAUCAGUGCUAUCAGGAACUUACAGCACAAAGGGGGAAGUCCACAAAACAUGGGGGUAGCCCUUGACUAUGUCAGGCAGAAUGUGUUUACCCCCUCUGCUGGAAGCAGACGUCUUGAAGGCGUUCCCCAAAUUCUCAUUGUUUUGACGGCCGGAAGGUCAAGGGACGAUGUUAGGCGUGCAGCUUUGGGCCUGAAAGAGGAGAUGAUCUUAUCGUUCACAAUUGGAACACAGAACGCCGAUAUAAUUCAACUGCAAACAGUAGCUCACAUCCCCAGCUAUACGAUUUCCAUACAAGGCUUUGGAGAACUUCCAACAAUUCAACACAAACUCAUGUCAUUUGUAAAACACGUACCCCGAUCGCCAAGAUUGCAAUCUCCACCUGUUGUAGAGGAUGUUGGGCAAAGAGAUAUUGUGUUCUUGAUCGAUGCCUCAGAUGCCUCCGAACAGUUUCCAAUGUUGAGGGACUUUGCACUGAGAGUGGUGGAGAAACUGGAAUUUGGACCAAAUAAAUGUCAGGCUGCAGUUGUCCAAUACAGUAACCAGGCAGCAGCUUCCUUUUUACUGAAUACGCAUGCCAAAAAGGACGACAUUGUUAACAAUCUAAGACAACUGACACAGAGAGGUGGAAGCCCUGCAAACAUUGGGGCGGCUCUUCAGUAUGUGAAGAACCAAGUAUUUGCUGAACAGUUUGGCAGCAGGCGUCUUGAGGGUGUUCCUCAGUUGUUGGUGAUCUUGAGUGAUGGGAGUUCUAGUGAUGAUGUCACUGGCCCUGCUAACUCCCUGAAAGCCAUGGGAGUAGUACCAGUGAGUAUUGGCACAGCAGGCGCAGACACACUUCAGCUGCAAAAGAUAUCGUAUGACCCAAACUACUACUUAAUGAUGAAUGACAUCAGUGACAUGCCACCUGUACAAGAGCAGCUCUUGUCUUUGGUGAGGCACACUGCUCCUCAAAUGAGGCCAACUGUGGCACCAUCUUCGUUUGAAUCUUCCCAAAAAGACAUAGUGUUUCUUCUUGAUGGGUCUGAGGACACUAGGACUGGUUUUGAGUGGAUCCGUGGCCUUGUUCAAAAGAUAAUCGAAAGCCUCAACAUAGACGAAAAUGGUGACAGAGUUGCUCUUGUUCAGUACAGUCGGGACGCAAGAGCCAAUUUCUACUUAAACUCCUACUUCUCAAAAAGUGACAUAAUCAGUGCAAUCCAGUCUCUGAGGCACAAACGAGGAAGGCCACUUAAUACUGGAGCUGCUCUACAGUUUUUGAAAGAUAAUGUCUUCAUCCCUGCCGCUGGAAGUAGAGGCUUGGAGGGUAUACAACAGAUACUUUACAUAUUUAGUGGUGGGCGGUCUAACGAUGAUGUACGAGCAAGCUCGCAGGCUUUAAGAGACAGCAACAUCAAAACAAUCGCUGUCGGGACACGAAAUGCAGAUACUCUUGAAUUGCAAACAGUGGCUUACACACCUGCCCAUGCAUUUUCCGUGUCUGACUUCAGCAGAAUUGAAAAUAUGCAUGGGAAAUUAACAUCCACAGUGUCAUACACACCAGAACUUGCGGAACCCACACACACCAUUUUGGAAACAACCACAGGUAUGAAAAGAGACAUAGUGUUUCUAAUCGAUGGCUCAGAUGACGUGAGAAAUAAAUUCUCUGGCAUUAGAGCAUUUGUUGGCAGUCUUGUGGAGAGGUUUGAAGUCGACCAAAAUAAGGAUCAAGUUGCCGUCGUUCAAUUUAGCAAUGAACCAGCAAUCGAAUUUCCCCUGAUCGCCCAUAGAUCAACAGAAAGUGCCGUAAACGCAGUGCUCAACAUGAGACCAAAGGGGGGAAGGCCCCACUAUACUGGAAAAGCCCUUCAGUUUGUGAAAGACAAUGUUUUUACACCAAGUGGAGGGAGUCGUCUCCUGGAAGGUGUCCCUCAGAUACUUGUAGUGCUCUCUGGCAGUAGGUCUAGAGAUUCCCCUCAUGGGCCCGCAAGGGCAUUGAAACGAAUGGGAGUGAGGACCUUUGCAAUAGGCUCACAGCCCAGUGAUCGGGCAGAGAUGCAAGUCAUUUCCUCACAGUCCGAUGAUGCUCUCAUAUCACCUGGCUUCUCUGACUUCAAAAGUGCUCGACAGAUUUUAAUGAGUACAAUUUUUACCAAGGAGGGUGAAACAAUUGAAGUUGGUGGCUUUCAACAUGAUGUGACAAAAAGGGAUGUAAUCUUUCUUGUGGAUAGCUCAGACUACACAAGAAGUGGAUUUCAAGCUAUCCGAGAUUUCAUAAUCAAUAUUGUGGCAAAGCUUGACGUGGGCAGCACUGGAGACAGAGUAUCAGUGGUUCAGUUUACAACCUUUGCUGUGCCAAAGUUCUAUCUCAACUCUUUCUUUAAAAAGGAAGAUAUUUUGAAUGCCAUUAGAGGACUUACACAUACAGGGGGCAGUGUCCUAAACACUGGACGAGCCUUGCAAUUUGUGAAAGACAACAUAAUAAACACCCAUUCUGGAAGCAGGUACGUGGACAAUGUGCCACAAAUAUUAGUUCUGUUGACGGGUGGAAAAUCAAAAGACAGUGUUGAAGGACCAUCAAUGGCUCUAAAGAACAGCGGGGUUCAGACAUUUGUCAUCGGAACAGGAAGCUCAGAUAGAGGAGAAAUAGAAAAGAUUGCUGCCAGACCUAAUCAUGCGCUGUUAUUGGGAGAUCCAUCUGGCCUCUCAAACAUUCAAGAGCAGCUGCUGUCAGCAAUGGGUGACUUGGAAACUGAGACCAAACCAUUGUCACCAACCAUGACUGUUGAAAGAGAAAUGCCUGGUAAAGACGUGGUGUUCAUGUUGGAUGGUUCUGACGGAACAAGGAGUGUGUUCCCAGCAGUGCUUGACUUUGUUCAAAGAGUGGUGGAGAAACUAAAUGUGGGUGAGAGCAAAGAUCGUGUUGCUGUGGUCCAGUACAGCAGAGAGCCAGUGGCUCAUUUCUACCUGAAUACCCACUCAAGGAAAGAAGACGUUCUUGAGAACAUAAGAAAUCUGAGACAUAAAGGAGGAAGGCCUCUCAACACUGGAGCAGCCCUCCAAUAUGUGAGGGAGAACGUGUUCACACCCUCUUCUGGCUCUAGACGCUUGGAGGGUGUACCACAAAUGCUGAUCCUGCUCAGCGGUGGGAGGUCUUUUGACAAUGUUGAUGCUCCAGCCGCGGCUCUAAAGGAGCUGGGUGUACAGAUCCUCCCAAUUGGAAACAGGAACUCUGACAGCAGGGAACUGCAGAGGAUUUCGAAUAAGCCCAGUGCCACAUUGUCUGUAUCAGAGUUCAGUGACCUUCCAAGUGUUCAAGAGCAACUUUUGUCCAUGGUGAGCACUGGGGUAAGAGAGGCCACUCAUGUAAAACCGUCAUUAACAGACAAGGGCGAGGCUGCCAGGAGAGAUGUCGUGCUCCUUCUUGAUGGUUCAGACGGAACUAGGAAUGGAUUCCCUGCCAUGCGUGACUUUGUUCAGAGGGUGGUGGAGAAACUCCAUGUGGAUGAAGGCAGAGACCGCAUUGCUGUGGUCCAGUACAGCCGAGAGCCAGAGGCUCAAUUCUACCUGAACACCUACACCACAAAGGAUGAGGUUCUGCAAAAUGUCCGUAGUCUGAGGCACAAAGGAGGCAGGCCCCUCAACACAGGGUCUGCCCUCCAGUAUGUCAAAGACCGUGUGCUCACUGAGUCCUCUGGCAGUAGACAACUGAAAGGUGUCCCUCAGAUACUAAUUUUACUGAGUGGUGGAAAGUCAUAUGACAGUGUGGAUGCACCUGCUUCUGCUCUAAGAGACCUUGGGGUAAAAAUGUACACCAUUGGCACCAGAUAUUCAGACAAUAGAGAAUUGCAGAGGAUUUCAGAUGAGCCUGGCAAUGCCCUCACUGUUUCGGACUUCAGUGACCUUCCCAGUAUUCAGGAGAAGCUUCUUGAUUCAGUAGACUCUCAUGUUGUCCAUGCCAGUCCAACCACACCACCCAUCAUAGUUGACAGAACAACUCCCAGAAAAGACGUGGUGUUCAUGUUGGAUGGCUCUGAUGGAACAAGGAGUGUGUUCCCAGCAGUGCUUGACUUUGUUCAAAGAGUGGUGGAGAAACUAAAUGUGGGUGAGAGCAAAGAUCGUGUUGCUGUGAUCCAGUACAGCAGAGAGCCAGAGGCAGAAUUUUAUCUGAACGCUCACUCAAGGAAAGAGGAUGUUCUUGAGAACGUUAGGAAUCUGAGACAUAAAGGAGGAAGGCCUCUCAACACUGGAGCAGCCCUCCAAUAUGUGAGGGAGAACGUGUUCACACCCUCUUCUGGCUCUAGACGCUUGGAGGGUGUACCACAAAUGCUGAUCCUGCUCAGCGGUGGGAGGUCUUUUGACAAUGUUGAUGCUCCAGCCGCGGCUCUAAAGGAGCUGGGUGUACAGAUCCUCCCAAUUGGAAACAGGAACUCUGACAGCAGGGAACUGCAGAGGAUUUCAAAUGACCCAAGUACUGCAUUGUCAGUGUCUGAGUUCACUGAUCUUCCAAGUAUUCCAGAGGAACUUUUAUUUGUGGUGGGAAAUGUUGUAGUACAGCCUACUCCUGUUAUCCCAAGAGGCACAGCUGAGGGCCGCACUGCUAGGAGAGACGUGGUGCUCCUACUUGACGGUUCAGACGGAACUAGGAGUGGAUUCCCCGCCAUGCGCGACUUUGUUCAGAGGGUGGUGGAGAAACUUGGUUUGGAUGAAGGCAGAGACCGCGUUGCCGUGGUCCAGUACAGCCGAGAGCCAGAGGCUCAGUUCUAUCUGAACACCUACACCACAAAGGACGAGGUUCUGCAAAACGUCCGCGGUCUGAGGCACAAAGGAGGCAGACCCCUCAACACCGGGUCCGCCCUCCAGUAUGUCAAGGACCGUGUGUUCACCGAGUCCUCAGGCAGUAGACGCUUGGAGGGUGUCCCUCAGAUACUGAUUUUGCUGAGUGGUGGAAGGUCGUAUGACAGCGUGGAUGCCCCAGCCUCUGCGCUGAGGGAGCAGGGAGUCAAAAUUUAUACCAUUGGCACCAGAAAUUCAGACGCCAGGGAACUGCAGAGGAUCGCAGAUGAGCCUGCCAACGCGGCCUCUGUGUCUGACUUUAGUGAUCUCCCCAGUGUUCAGGAAACCAUUGUCGAUUCCAUAGAAACCGUUGUUGUCCAGGUCACACCUACCACGCCAACCGUCAUAGUUGACCAUGCCGCUCCUAAAAAGGAUGUUGUGAUCCUGCUGGAUGGCUCCGAUUACACUAGGAAUGCAUUCCCAGCUAUGAAGGACUUUGUUCAGAGGGUAGUGGAGAAGCUAAAUGUGAUGGAGGACAGAGAUCGUGUGUCUGUGGUCCAAUACAGCAGAGAGCCAGAGGCCCACUUCUAUCUGAAUACAUACACAGGAAAGGAGGAAACUCUUGAUGCUGUAAGAGCUCUGAGGCACAAAGGAGGCAGGCCGCUAAACACCGGGGCCGCUCUCCAGUACGUGAAAGACAGUGCCUUCACUCCUUCCUCUGGCAGCAGACGGCAAGAGGGCGUCCCUCAAAUUCUAAUUCUGCUGAGCGGAGCUAAGUCUAGCGAUAACGUUGACACACCAGCCAGCUCUCUGAAAGAGAGCGGUGUCUUGGUCUUUGCUAUUGGCACCAGAAAUUCCAGCCGAGACACUGAGAGGAUCUCAUCCUCUCCCGAAUAUACCCAGACUGUCUCUGACUUCUCGCAGCUGCCAAAUGUACAAGAGAAUGUCCUUGCCUCUGUUAACUCUGCUGUCUUGGAGGUAACAAAGAUAUCACCAACAGUUACGGCAGAGGGCCGCGCUGCCAGGAGAGACGUGGUGCUCCUACUUGACGGUUCAGACGGAACUAGGAGUGGAUUCCCCGCCAUGCGCGACUUUGUUCAGAGGGUGGUGGAGAAACUUGGUUUGGAUGAAGGCAGAGACCGCGUUGCUGUGGUCCAGUACAGCCGAGAGCCAGAGGCUCAGUUCUAUCUGAACACCUACACCACAAAGGACGAGGUUCUGCAAAACGUCCGCGGUCUGAGGCACAAAGGAGGCAGACCCCUCAACACCGGGUCCGCCCUCCAGUAUGUCAAGGACCGUGUGUUCACCGAGUCCUCAGGCAGUAGACGCUUGGAGGGUGUCCCUCAGAUACUGAUUUUGCUGAGUGGUGGAAGGUCGUAUGACAGCGUGGAUGCCCCAGCCUCUGCGCUGAGGGAGCAGGGAGUCAAAAUUUAUACCAUUGGCACCAGAAAUUCAGACGCCAGGGAACUGCAGAGGAUCGCAGAUGAGCCUGCCAACGCGGCCUCUGUGUCUGACUUUAGUGAUCUCCCCAGUGUUCAGGAAACCAUUGUCGAUUCCAUAGAAACCGUUGUUGUCCAGGUCACACCUACCACGCCAACCGUCAUAGUUGACCAUGCCGCUCCUAAAAAGGAUGUUGUGAUCCUGCUGGAUGGCUCCGAUUACACUAGGAAUGCAUUCCCAGCUAUGAAGGACUUUGUUCAGAGGGUAGUGGAGAAGCUAAAUGUGAUGGAGGACAGAGAUCGUGUGUCUGUGGUCCAAUACAGCAGAGAGCCAGAGGCCCACUUCUAUCUGAAUACAUACACAGGAAAGGAGGAAACGCUUGAUGCUGUAAGAGCUCUGAGGCACAAAGGAGGCAGGCCGCUAAACACCGGGGCCGCUCUCCAGUACGUGAAAGACAGUGCCUUCACUCCUUCCUCUGGCAGCAGACGGCAAGAGGGCGUCCCUCAAAUUCUAAUUCUGCUGAGCGGAGCUAAGUCUAGCGAUAACGUUGACACACCAGCCAGCUCUCUGAAAGAGAGCGGUGUCUUGGUCUUUGCUAUUGGCACCAGAAAUUCCAGCCGAGACACUGAGAGGAUCUCAUCCUCUCCCGAAUAUACCCAGACUGUCUCUGACUUCUCGCAGCUGCCAAAUGUACAAGAGAAUGUCCUUGCCUCUGUUAACUCUGCUGUCUUGGAGGUAACAAAGAUAUCACCAACAGUUACGGCAGAGGGCCGCGCUGCCAGGAGAGACGUGGUGCUCCUACUUGACGGUUCAGACGGAACUAGGAGUGGAUUCCCCGCCAUGCGCGACUUUGUUCAGAGGGUGGUGGAGAAACUUGGUUUGGAUGAAGGCAGAGACCGCGUUGCUGUGGUCCAGUACAGCCGAGAGCCAGAGGCUCAGUUCUAUCUGAACACCUACACCACAAAGGACGAGGUUCUGCAAAACGUCCGCGGUCUGAGGCACAAAGGAGGCAGACCCCUCAACACCGGGUCCGCCCUCCAGUAUGUCAAGGACCGUGUGUUCACCGAGUCCUCAGGCAGUAGACGCUUGGAGGGUGUCCCUCAGAUACUGAUUUUGCUGAGUGGUGGAAGGUCGUAUGACAGCGUGGAUGCCCCAGCCUCUGCGCUGAGGGAGCAGGGAGUCAAAAUUUAUACCAUUGGCACCAGAAAUUCAGACGCCAGGGAACUGCAGAGGAUCGCAGAUGAGCCUGCCAACGCGGCCUCUGUGUCUGACUUUAGUGAUCUCCCCAGUGUUCAGGAAACCAUUGUCGAUUCCAUAGAAACCGUUGUUGUCCAGGUCACACCUACCACGCCAACCGUCAUAGUUGACCAUGCCGCUCCUAAAAAGGAUGUUGUGAUCCUGCUGGAUGGCUCCGAUUACACUAGGAAUGCAUUCCCAGCUAUGAAGGACUUUGUUCAGAGGGUAGUGGAGAAGCUAAAUGUGAUGGAGGACAGAGAUCGUGUGUCUGUGGUCCAAUACAGCAGAGAGCCAGAGGCCCACUUCUAUCUGAAUACAUACACAGGAAAGGAGGAAACGCUUGAUGCUGUAAGAGCUCUGAGGCACAAAGGAGGCAGGCCGCUAAACACCGGGGCCGCUCUCCAGUACGUGAAAGACAGUGCCUUCACUCCUUCCUCUGGCAGCAGACGGCAAGAGGGCGUCCCUCAAAUUCUAAUUCUGCUGAGCGGAGCUAAGUCUAGCGAUAACGUUGACACACCAGCCAGCUCUCUGAAAGAGAGCGGUGUCUUGGUCUUUGCUAUUGGCACCAGAAAUUCCAGCCGAGACACUGAGAGGAUCUCAUCCUCUCCCGAAUAUACCCAGACUGUCUCUGACUUCUCGCAGCUGCCAAAUGUACAAGAGAAUGUCCUUGCCUCUGUUAACUCUGCUGUCUUGGAGGUAACAAAGAUAUCACCAACAGUUACGGCAGAGGGCCGCGCUGCCAGGAGAGACGUGGUGCUCCUACUUGACGGUUCAGACGGAACUAGGAGUGGAUUCCCCGCCAUGCGCGACUUUGUUCAGAGGGUGGUGGAGAAACUUGGUUUGGAUGAAGGCAGAGACCGCGUUGCUGUGGUCCAGUACAGCCGAGAGCCAGAGGCUCAGUUCUAUCUGAACACCUACACCACAAAGGACGAGGUUCUGCAAAACGUCCGCGGUCUGAGGCACAAAGGAGGCAGACCCCUCAACACCGGGUCCGCCCUCCAGUAUGUCAAGGACCGUGUGUUCACCGAGUCCUCAGGCAGUAGACGCUUGGAGGGUGUCCCUCAGAUACUGAUUUUGCUGAGUGGUGGAAGGUCGUAUGACAGCGUGGAUGCCCCAGCCUCUGCGCUGAGGGAGCAGGGAGUCAAAAUUUAUACCAUUGGCACCAGAAAUUCAGACGCCAGGGAACUGCAGAGGAUCGCAGAUGAGCCUGCCAACGCGGCCUCUGUGUCUGACUUUAGUGAUCUCCCCAGUGUUCAGGAAACCAUUGUCGAUUCCAUAGAAACCGUUGUUGUCCAGGUCACACCUACCACGCCAACCGUCAUAGUUGACCAUGCCGCUCCUAAAAAGGAUGUUGUGAUCCUGCUGGAUGGCUCCGAUUACACUAGGAAUGCAUUCCCAGCUAUGAAGGACUUUGUUCAGAGGGUAGUGGAGAAGCUAAAUGUGAUGGAGGACAGAGAUCGUGUGUCUGUGGUCCAAUACAGCAGAGAGCCAGAGGCCCACUUCUAUCUGAAUACAUACACAGGAAAGGAGGAAACGCUUGAUGCUGUAAGAGCUCUGAGGCACAAAGGAGGCAGGCCGCUAAACACCGGGGCCGCUCUCCAGUACGUGAAAGACAGUGCCUUCACUCCUUCCUCUGGCAGCAGACGGCAAGAGGGCGUCCCUCAAAUUCUAAUUCUGCUGAGCGGAGCUAAGUCUAGCGAUAACGUUGACACACCAGCCAGCUCUCUGAAAGAGAGCGGUGUCUUGGUCUUUGCUAUUGGCACCAGAAAUUCCAGCCGAGACACUGAGAGGAUCUCAUCCUCUCCCGAAUAUACCCAGACUGUCUCUGACUUCUCGCAGCUGCCAAAUGUACAAGAGAAUGUCCUUGCCUCUGUUAACUCUGCUGUCUUGGAGGUAACAAAGAUAUCACCAACAGUUACGGCAGAGGGCCGCGCUGCCAGGAGAGACGUGGUGCUCCUACUUGACGGUUCAGACGGAACUAGGAGUGGAUUCCCCGCCAUGCGCGACUUUGUUCAGAGGGUGGUGGAGAAACUUGGUUUGGAUGAAGGCAGAGACCGCGUUGCUGUGGUCCAGUACAGCCGAGAGCCAGAGGCUCAGUUCUAUCUGAACACCUACACCACAAAGGACGAGGUUCUGCAAAACGUCCGCGGUCUGAGGCACAAAGGAGGCAGACCCCUCAACACCGGGUCCGCCCUCCAGUAUGUCAAGGACCGUGUGUUCACCGAGUCCUCAGGCAGUAGACGCUUGGAGGGUGUCCCUCAGAUACUGAUUUUGCUGAGUGGUGGAAGGUCGUAUGACAGCGUGGAUGCCCCAGCCUCUGCGCUGAGGGAGCAGGGAGUCAAAAUUUAUACCAUUGGCACCAGAAAUUCAGACGCCAGGGAACUGCAGAGGAUCGCAGAUGAGCCUGCCAACGCGGCCUCUGUGUCUGACUUUAGUGAUCUCCCCAGUGUUCAGGAAACCAUUGUCGAUUCCAUAGAAACCGUUGUUGUCCAGGUCACACCUACCACGCCAACCGUCAUAGUUGACCAUGCCGCUCCUAAAAAGGAUGUUGUGAUCCUGCUGGAUGGCUCCGAUUACACUAGGAAUGCAUUCCCAGCUAUGAAGGACUUUGUUCAGAGGGUAGUGGAGAAGCUAAAUGUGAUGGAGGACAGAGAUCGUGUGUCUGUGGUCCAAUACAGCAGAGAGCCAGAGGCCCACUUCUAUCUGAAUACAUACACAGGAAAGGAGGAAACGCUUGAUGCUGUAAGAGCUCUGAGGCACAAAGGAGGCAGGCCGCUAAACACCGGGGCCGCUCUCCAGUACGUGAAAGACAGUGCCUUCACUCCUUCCUCUGGCAGCAGACGGCAAGAGGGCGUCCCUCAAAUUCUAAUUCUGCUGAGCGGAGCUAAGUCUAGCGAUAACGUUGACACACCAGCCAGCUCUCUGAAAGAGAGCGGUGUCUUGGUCUUUGCUAUUGGCACCAGAAAUUCCAGCCGAGACACUGAGAGGAUCUCAUCCUCUCCCGAAUAUACCCAGACUGUCUCUGACUUCUCGCAGCUGCCAAAUGUACAAGAGAAUGUCCUUGCCUCUGUUAACUCUGCUGUCUUGGAGGUAACAAAGAUAUCACCAACAGUUACGGCAGAGGGCCGCGCUGCCAGGAGAGACGUGGUGCUCCUACUUGACGGUUCAGACGGAACUAGGAGUGGAUUCCCCGCCAUGCGCGACUUUGUUCAGAGGGUGGUGGAGAAACUUGGUUUGGAUGAAGGCAGAGACCGCGUUGCUGUGGUCCAGUACAGCCGAGAGCCAGAGGCUCAGUUCUAUCUGAACACCUACACCACAAAGGACGAGGUUCUGCAAAACGUCCGCGGUCUGAGGCACAAAGGAGGCAGACCCCUCAACACCGGGUCCGCCCUCCAGUAUGUCAAAGAACGUGUGUUCACCGAUUCCUCAGGCGGUAGACGCAUGGAGGGUGUACCUCAGGUCCUCAUUUUGCUGACUGGUGAAAGGUCGUAUGACAGCGUGGAUGCCCCAGCCUCUGAGCUAAGGGGGCUUGGGGUCAAGGUUUAUACUAUUGGCACCCGAAAUUCUGAUACCAGAGAAUUGCAGAGGAUUUCAGAUCAGCCUGGCAAUGUGGCCUCUGUGUCUGACUUUAGUGACCUCCCCAGUGUGCAGGAGACUAUUGUCAAUUCCAUAGAAACAGUUGUUGAUGUUACAUCAGCCACACCCACCGUUAUAGUUGAUCAACGGAAUGCCAGAAAGGACAUGGUCUUCCUUUUGGAUGGUUCUGAUGGAACAAGAAGUAUGUUCCCAGCAAUGCUUGACUUUGUUUUAAGAGUAGUGGAGAAAUUAAAUGUGGGUGAGAGCAAUGACCAUGUUGCUGUGGUCCAGUACAGCAGGGACCCAUCGGCUCACUUCUACCUGAACACCCACUCAAGGAAGGAGGACAUUCUUGAGAAUGUUAGAAAUCUGAGACAUAAAGGAGGAAGGCCUCUCAACACUGGAGCAGCCCUCCAAUAUGUGAGGGAGAACGUGUUCACACCCUCUUCUGGCUCUAGACGCUUGGAGGGUGUCCCACAAAUGCUGAUCCUGCUCAGCGGUGGGAGGUCUUUUGACAAUGUUGAUGCUCCAGCCGUGGCUCUAAAGGAGCUGGGUGUACAGAUCCUCCCAAUUGGAAACAGGAACUCUGACAGCAGGGAACUGCAGAGGAUUUCAAAUGACCCUUCUGAAGUCUUAUCAGUAUCUCAAUUUAAUGACCUCCCAAAUGUUCAUGAGCGACUCCUCUCUGUUGUAAGAACUGUGGUAGCAGGGGCCUCUCCAAUCACACCAAGUACCACAGCUACAGUUGAUGAUGCCAGGAAAGACAUAGUGCUCCUACUUGAUGGUUCAGACGGAACUAGGAGUGGAUUCCCGGCCAUUCGGGACUUUGUUCAGAGGGUGGUGGAACAACUUGGUUUGGAUGAAGGCAGAGACCGCGUUGCUGUGGUCCAGUACAGCCGAGAGCCCAAGGCUAAUUUCUAUCUGAACACCUACACCACAAAGGAUGAGGUUCUGCAAAAUGUCCUCGGUCUGAGGCACAAAGGAGGCAGACCCCUAAACAUUGGGUCCGCCCUCCAAUAUGUGAAGGAGCGUGUGUUCACUGAAUCUUCUGGCAGUAGACGCCAGGAGGGUGUUCCACAGAUACUGGUUUUACUGAGUGGUGGAAGAUCGAAUGACGGUGUGGAUGAACCUGCCUCUGCUAUAAGACUGCUUGGUGUGAAAAUUUUCACCAUUGGCACCAAAUACUCCGACAAUAGAGAAUUGCAGAGGAUUUCAGAUGAGCCUGGCAAUGCACUCACUGUUUCAGACUUCAGUGACCUCCCCAGUGUUCUGGAGAAGCUUGUUGAUUCAGACUCCUAUGUUGUCCUUGUUACACCAACUACGCCAACUGUCAUAGUUGACGAUGCUGCUUCUAAGAAGGAUGUUGUGCUCCUACUGGACGGCUCUGAUUACACUCGAAAUUCAUUCCCGUCUAUGAAGGACUUUGUACGGAGAGUAGUGGAGAAGCUAAACUUGAUGGAGAACGGAGAUCGUGUGUCUGUAGUCCAAUACAGCAGAGAGCCAGAGGCCCACUUCUAUCUGAAUACAUACACAGGAAAGGAGGAAACUCUUGAUGCUGUAAGAGCUCUGAGGCACAAAGGAGGCAGACCGCUAAACACCGGGGCCGCUCUCCAGUAUGUUAGGAAUAUUGCCUUCUCAACUUCAUCUGGUGGUAGACAGAUUGAGGGUGUCCCUCAGAUUCUUGUUCUAUUGACUGGUGGAAGGUCUUCAGACAGUGUGGAUCUACCAGCUUCCACUCUUAGGAACACAGGGGUGAAAACCUAUUCCAUUGGAAGCAGAUCCUCAGACAGCAGGGAGUUACAGAAGAUUUCAUACGACCCCAACUUCACUCUGUCAGUGUCUGACUUUAAAGACCUUCCUAGAUAUGAGGACCAGCUUCUUUCUGUUAUUACCACUGUCAGAGAGAUGGCCACACCAUUACCAUUACCAUUACCUACACCAACACAACAGGUACCAUUGCCUACGAGUGGACGAGAUGUUGUGUUUCUCAUUGAUGGUUCUGAUGGUAGUCGGCGUGCCUUUGCUCCCAUUCGAGACUUUGUGCGCCGAGUCACAGAAAACCUCCAAAUUGCUGAAAACCAAGACAGAGUCGCUGUCGUUCAGUUUAGCAAUGACGCUUUGGUCCACUCCUCGCUGAAGUCCUCCUCGACCAUGGGUAGCAUCGUCAAGAAGAUCCGAAACCUGAGUCACAAGGGAGGAAGUCCUCGGAACACCGGUGCUGCUCUCCAGUUUGUGCAGGACAAUGUCUUUACCACCUCGGGUGGAAGCAGAGCACAAGAGGGCGUUCCACAAAUUCUUCUCCUGUUCACGGGAGGACCAUCUGGCGACAGUGCAACUGGCCCUGCUGCCGCAUUGUACCAGAAAGGGGUUGUAGGUUUAGGCAUUGGAACAGACCUCACUAGCAUUAACCUUGUUGCGUCGGAUGCAAGCCAUUCUUUUGCCCUCGGUGACUUUGGGGAGCUCCCAGACAACCUGCAAGAUGUGAUUUCUACAUUAGAUGAUGCACUGGCUCAACUGAAACCUGUUUCAUUUGUUGUUUCAGCUGAAGGAGUUCAGAUCAGAGCGGCUGACAUUGUCUUUUUGGUGGAUGGAUCCAUCAACCUGGGCAAGGAUAACUUCAAGGAGGUCAUGCAGUUCAUCGUCAACCUCAUUGACGCCUUCUACAACGACAAAGACAGCUUGCAGAUUGGUCUGGCCCACUUUAACACUGAUGUGACGGACGUCUUCUACCUGAACACCCAUACCAACAAGGACGACAUCCUGAGUGCAAUUGAAUCGACAGAGUACAAGGGCGGCAAUCGCAUCCACACGGGAGCUGCGAUUCGCCACGUGCAGCAGAACUUCUUUGUGAAGGAGAGAGGCAGCCGGAAGGACAUCGGCGUCCCGCAAAUCUUGAUGGUGGUGACAGGUGGCAAGUCAGCGGACGAUGGGAAGUCGGCGGCCCUGGCAAUAAAGGGCACAGGAGUGCGUGUCUACGCCAUUGGUGUGGGAGACAUCCAGGCUGAGCUUACCAACUUGGCAAGCGAAGUGGGCACAGUGGCUCGGGCCAGCAGAUACGUGGAGCUCUCGGAGCUGAAUGAACAGAUCAUGGCGACCUUGGAUGACGACUUGAAGGGAAUCAAUGCUGCUUCUAAGAAGGAUGUUGUGUUCCUACUGGACGGCUCUGAUUACACUCGAAAUUCAUUCCCGUCUAUGAAGGACUUUGUUCGGAGAGUAGUGGAGAAGCUAAACUGUGUCUCGUGUGGAGAUCGUGUGUCUGUAGUCCAAUACAGCAGAGAGCCAGAGGCCCACUUCUAUCUGAAUACAUACACAGAAAUGGAGGAAAUUCUUAAUGCUGUAAGAGCUCUGAAGCACAAAGGAGGCAGACCGCUAAACACCGGGGCCGCUCUCCAGUAUGUUAGGAAUAUUGCCUUCUCAACUUCAUCUGGUGGUAGACAGAUUGAGGGUGUCCCUCAGAUUCUUGUUCUAUUGACUGGUGGAAGGUCUUCAGACAGUGUGGAUCUACCAGCUUCCACUCUUAGGAACACAGGGGUGAAAACCUAUUCCAUUGGAAGCAGAUCCUCAGACAGCAGGGAGUUACAGAAGAUUUCAUACGACCCCAACUUCACUCUGUCAGUGUCUGACUUUAAAGACCUUCCUAGAUAUGAGGACCAGCUUCUUUCUGUUAUUACCACUGUCAGAGAGAUGGCCACACCAUUACCAUUACCGUUACCUACACCAACACAACAGGUUCAGAUCAGAGCGGCUGACAUUGUCUUUUUGGUGGAUGGAUCCAUCAACCUGGGCAAGGAUAACUUCAAGGAGGUCAUGCAGUUCAUCGUCAACCUCAUUGACGCCUUCUACAACGACAAAGACAGCUUGCAGAUUGGUCUGGCCCACUUUAACACUGAUGUGACGGACGUCUUCUACCUGAACACCCAUACCAACAAGGACGACAUCCUGAGUGCAAUUGAGUCGACAGAGUACAAGGGCGGCAAUCGCAUCCACACGGGAGCUGCGAUUCGCCACGUGCAGCAGAACUUCUUUGUGAAGGAGAGAGGCAGCCGGAAGGACAUCGGCGUCCCGCAAAUCUUGAUGGUGGUGACAGGUGGCAAGUCAGCGGACGAUGGGAAGUCGGCGGCCCUGGCAAUAAAGGGCACAGGAGUGCGUGUCUACGCCAUUGGUGUGGGAGACAUCCAGGCUGAGCUUACCAACUUGGCGAGCAAAGUGGGCACAGUGGCUCGGGCCAGCAGAUACGUGGAGCUCUCGGAGCUGAAUGAACAGAUCAUGGCGACCUUGGAUGACGACUUGAAGGGAAUCAAUGCUGCUUCUAAGAAGGAUGUUGUGUUCCUACUGGACGGCUCUGAUUACACUCGAAAUUCAUUCCCGUCUAUGAAGGACUUUGUUCGGAGAGUAGUGGAGAAGCUAAACUGUGUCUCGUGUGGAGAUCGUGUGUCUGUAGUCCAAUACAGCAGAGAGCCAGAGGCCCACUUCUAUCUGAAUUCAUACACAGAAAAGGAGGAAACUCUUGAUGCUGUAAGAGCUCUGAGGCACAAAGGAGGCAGACCGCUAAACACCGGGGCCGCUCUCCAGUAUGUUAGGAAUAUUGCCUUCUCAACUUCAUCUGGUGGUAGACAGAUUGAGGGUGUCCCUCAGAUUCUUGUUCUAUUGACUGGUGGAAGGUCUUCAGACAGUGUGGAUCUACCAGCUUCCACUCUUAGGAACACAGGGGUGAAAACCUAUUCCAUUGGAAGCAGAUCCUCAGACAGCAGGGAGUUACAGAAGAUUUCAUACGACCCCAACUUCACUCUGUCAGUGUCUGACUUUAAAGACCUUCCUAGAUAUGAGGACCAGCUUCUUUCUGUUAUUACCACUGUCAGAGAGAUGGCCACACCAUUACCAUUACCGUUACCUACACCAACACAACAGGUACCAUUGCCUACGAGUGGACGAGAUGUUGUGUUUCUCAUUGAUGGUUCUGAUGGUAGUCGGCGUGCCUUUGCUCCCAUUCGAGACUUUGUGCGCCGAGUCACAGAAAACCUCCAAAUUGCUGAAAACCAAGACAGAGUCGCUGUCGUUCAGUUUAGCAAUGACGCUUUGGUCCACUCCUCGCUGAAGUCCUCCUCGACCAUGGGUAGCAUCGUCAAGAAGAUCCGAAACCUGAGUCACAAGGGAGGAAGUCCUCGGAACACCGGUGCUGCUCUCCAGUUUGUGCAGGACAAUGUCUUUACCACCUCGGGUGGAAGCAGAGCACAAGAGGGCGUUCCACAAAUUCUUCUCCUGUUCACGGGAGGACCAUCUGGCGACAGUGCAACUGGCCCUGCUGCCGCAUUGUACCAGAAAGGGGUUGUAGGUUUAGGCAUUGGAACAGACCUCACUAGCAUUAACCUUGUUGCGUCGGAUGCAAGCCAUUCUUUUGCCCUCGGUGACUUUGGGGAGCUCCCAGACAACCUGCAAGAUGUGAUUUCUACAUUAGAUGAGUUCUCAAUUGAAAGACACACUGCCCAAGGUCCCAAGAGGGAUAUCGUAUUCCUAAUCGACGGCUCAGACGGAGUUGGCCGAGAGUUCCCGAUCAUCCUGGAGUUCGUGCAGAAGGUGGUGGCUAGACUCAGCGUGGGUGAGAACGAGGCCAGAGUGGGCGUGGUGCAGUUUGGCGACAACCCCUCUGCCGACAUCUACCUGAACUCACACACCACCAAAGAUGGACUGCUGAAUGCCAUCCGGGGCCUGAGGCAGCGCGGAGGCAGACAGCGUAACCUGGGCAGAGCGGUGGAGUUUGUCGGCCGCGACGUUCUGGUGAGACAGCGUGGAGGCCGUCGGGAAGAGGGCGUCCCGCAGUUUGUGAUCGUGGUGUCGGGAGGCAGGUCCAGUGAUGACAUCCAGACAUCAGCCACGGGCCUCAAGAGAUCCGGAGUGUACACGAUCGGCAUCGGAACCAGAGAUGUAAACCGCGGGGAGCUGGAGGUCAUUUCCUAUGUUCCUGAAUACGCACACGCGGUGGACGAUUUCCCAGGCCUCUACAUUGUUGAAGACAAUCUGUUCAACACUGUUACCAAGGUCUCUGAGGAGGAAUUGAGACGUCUGCAGCCUAUUUAUCCUGAUAUUCAAGGUCCUGUGAUACCAUCACUCCCUGGAGAUAAGAGAGAUGUUGUUUUCCUGGUUGAUGGGUCAAAUGCUGUUCCUAACAUUCGGGACAUGAUUUUGAGAGUUGUCGAUAAGCUCGAUGUAGGACUGGACAACGUUCGUGUCUCUGUGGUGCAAUACUCUGACGACACCAAGCUGGAGUUCCUUCUCAAUGAGCAUUCCACCAAAGAUGAGGUCAAGGCUGCUGUACAGAGGAUGCGGAACAAGGGAGGCAAUCAGCUCAACACAGGAUUCGCCCUCGACUGGGUCACAAAGAACAUCUACCGAAGAUCAGCCGGCAGUCGUAUUGAAGAAGGCGUUCCACAGUUCCUGAUUUUGGUCACAGGCGGCAAAUCCUCAGACGAUGUGUAUGGUCCUGCCACCCAGCUCAAGAGGAACAUGGUUGCACCGUUGGCUGUUGGAGGCAAGAAUGCUGAUGCAGAUGAGUUGAGAGCCAUCUCAUUGAAGCCAGAGCUCACAUACACUGUGCGUGACUUCAGGCAAUUGCCAACUGUGGAGCAGCAGAUGCUGACCUCUGUGACGACCAUGACAACUAAGGACAUCACAGAUAUCACCAGUGUCAUCCCCCCACCAGUUGUUACCACGGAGGUGUUCGAUCUUGGAAGAAAAGAUAUCAUCUUCCUUGUUGACGGAUCGGAUAGCAUUGGUCCAGACGGCCUUGCCCAUGUACGUGACUUCAUCGUGAAAGUAGCCCAGCAGCUAGAGCUGCAUCCCGACAGAGUGCGCAUUGGUUUAGUGCAGUACUCAGACAGGACCAAGACGGAGUUCUCUCUCAAUACUCACCCUAGCAAGGACUCGGUCAUCUCAUCCGUCAGGAGGCUCCGCAAAAUCGGUGGCCGUGCCGGCGAUUUGGCUUCAGCCAUUGACUACGUCAUGAGGAACGAAUUAACUACCAGUGCUGGCGUUCGUCCUGCCGUGGCCUCUCAGCACCUCGUUGUGCUGACGGGUGGAAGAUCAGUCUCGGAUGUUUCCAGCAAAGGUGCCAUCCUGAAGGGAGCAGGUGUGAACUGCAUCGGUGUUGGUGCUGGUGCAGCCGAUACGAGACAACUCACCCAGAUCGCCACUACAGCUGAUGACGUGCUCAAGGUGCAGGCCUUCCCCAACCUUCCCUCCAUUGAGCCACAGCUCUUUGCCAGGCUUCGAGGGGGCAUCAGUUUAGAGCCACCAACACCUGAUGAAGAGCCAACUGAAGGAGUUCAGAUCAGAGCGGCUGACAUUGUCUUUUUGGUGGAUGGAUCCAUCAACCUGGGCAAGGAUAACUUCAAGGAGGUCAUGCAGUUCAUCGUCAACCUCAUUGACGCCUUCUACAACGACAAAGACAGCUUGCAGAUUGGUCUGGCCCACUUUAACACUGAUGUGACGGACGUCUUCUACCUGAACACCCAUACCAACAAGGACGACAUCCUGAGUGCAAUUGAAUCGACAGAGUACAAGGGCGGCAAUCGCAUCCACACGGGAGCUGCGAUUCGCCACGUGCAGCAGAACUUCUUUGUGAAGGAGAGAGGCAGCCGGAAGGACAUCGGCGUCCCGCAAAUCUUGAUGGUGGUGACGGGCGGCAAGUCAGCGGACGAUGGGAAGUCGGCGGCCCUGGCAAUAAAGGGCACAGGAGUGCGUGUCUACGCCAUUGGUGUGGGAGACAUCCAGGCUGAGCUUACCAACUUGGCGAGCGAAGCGGCCACAGUGGCUCGGGCCAGCAAAUACGUGGAGCUCUCGGAGCUGAAUGAACAGAUCCUGGUGACCUUGGAUGACGACUUGAAGGGAAUCAAACUGUGCACUGGAGUGCAAGAUGCCACCAGAUCGUGCAGCCUAGAUGUCCUAUUGGGAUUCGACGUGGCCUCCCAGAACAUAUUUACUGCCCAAAGGAACCUGGAAUCAAAGAUGUCGGCCAUCCUCCAGCGCAUCCUGAAACUCCAAGCCAUCAGCUGCACGUCUGGCCAGGCUCCAACCAUCCGGGUGGGAAUGAUGGGCAUGGAUUCGGCCAACGAACCUCAGUAUCUGGAAUUCACAGACAACUACAAUGAACUCCUGGAGGGCUUCCGAAACCUGCGCAGCCGUGGACCAUUUGUCCUGAAUGGGAAGGCCAUAGAUGCUUACACCACUAAAAUGCAAACGCAGCCUGCUGAUUCUGUGAAGGUUGUGAUCCACCUGACAGAUGGCCUGGAUGGACAGUAUGCACAAAUGAAGGCACGAGUUGAGAACAUGAGACUGUCUGGUGUCAACAGCUUCAUCCUGGUGGGCCUGGAGAGGGUGCAGCAGUUUGAGGAGGCAGGUCUGCUGGAGUAUGGCCGCGGGUUCAGGUACACCCGCCCACUCCGCGUCAACCUGAUGGACCUGGACUACGAGAUCGUAGAGGAGUUGGACAACAUCGCUGAGAGGGAGUGCUGUGCCGUGCCCUGCAAAUGUACUGGCCAGCGAGGAGAUCGCGGUGCCGUUGGACAAGGAGGACUCAAGGGCGAACCAGGAGCACAGGGAUACAGGGGACACCCAGGAGAUGAGGGCGGCCCGGGAGAGAGGGGUCCACCUGGUGUCAACGGAACUCAAGGUUUCCAAGGCUGUCCCGGACCAAGAGGUGUUAAGGGAUCUCGUGGAUACUCGGGAGAAAAGGGAGAGAUGGGAGACAUUGGCUUGGAUGGGAUCAACGGCGAGGAGGGCAAGAGCGGGGUGGCAGGGCCGCCAGGGGAACGUGGUAACCCAGGAAGAAGGGGUGCUAAGGGUGGAAAGGGACAGGCUGGUGACCAAGGACAGACUGGCAUCGCAGGGGACCCCGGCACGUCUGGUAAGGACAACGCUGCGCGAGGACCGAAGGGAGACGCAGGCGAUGCUGGACCUCCUGGAGAUGCGGGAGAGGAUGGCAAACCAGGAACUGCGGGAGAAGCAGGAAGAAGGGGUCCCAAUGGAAGAAGAGGAGCACCAGGAACCCCUGGUCGCCCUGGGCCGCCUGGAGAAGACGGACUGAGGGGCGAGCCUGGAAUCGCUGGAUCAAGAGGGACGAUUGCACCUAUUGGACCACCAGGACUACCAGGAGAGGCAGGAAACCCUGGACCAAGGGGUCCUGGAGGAGCCAGCGGACCUCCGGGAGACAAAGGUCGUAGAGGAGCUGUGGGACGCAAGGGUGAGCCUGGAGAGCCAGGACCGAAGGGAGAGGGUGGACCCAUGGGACCACGCGGAGAACCUGGCGAGGAUGGACGUGAUGGCUUUGGCACGCCCGGACCUAAAGGCAAAAAGGGCGACUCUGGUUUCCCUGGAUUCCCCGGACCCAAGGGAGAUGCAGGUCCUGCUGGAACGGCUGGUGGACCAGGACCCAGAGGAAACCGAGGCCAGCGCGGUGUCUCAGGUCUUCCUGGUGAGGAGGGCCAGAAGGGAGACGUCGGCUUCCCCGGACCUUACGGCCAGAAGGGACCCAGAGGACAGAGCGUUGUGCAAUGUGACCUGGUCAGGAAGAUCCGCGACAACUGCCCUUGCUGCUAUGGCUCCCUGGAGUGCCCGCUGUACCCCACCGAGCUGGCGUUUGCCCUGGACAACUCGGGCGGCGUGGACAAGUCUGUCUUCAGGGCCAUGGCCGACACCGCCAGCAGCCUCAUCGGCAAUCUCACCAUCGCCCAGGGCAACUGUCCCCGUGGCGCCCGCGUGGCCCUGACGCUCUACAACGAGGAGGUGACGACGGAGGUGCGCUUCGCCGACGGCCAGAAGAAGAAGGAGUUACUGGACACGUUGGCGGGCUUGCAGUUGCAGUCCACGAGCAAGCAGCGCAGCCUGGAGACCGCCAUGAACUUCCUGGCCCAGAACACCUUCAAGCGCGUGCGCAGCGGAUUCCUUGUCCGCAAGGUGGCGGUGUUCUUCGUGGGUGACAAGGUGAAGCCUACCAAGGCCUUCAGUGACGCUGCCCUGCGCCUCUACGAUGCCGGCAUUGCCUCCGUCUUCCUGCUGAAUAAGGAUGACCGUCCCCUCGCCAGAGCACUGCAGUCCAACAACACAGUCCUGGGCCAAGUGAUCGUCCUCCCCUCCCCCGGAUCACGGGAAUACGCCUCAGUCAUCAGCAAGAUCAUGAGCUGCCACCUCUGCUAUGAUUUCUGCGCCCCCGACGCCGUGUGCGACUACACGCCGCCGCGCAGCUCUCGCGACAAGCGGCACUUCACGUCCGACCUGGACAUCGACAUGGCCUUCGUGAUGGACAGCUCCGACAGCACCUGGCCCGCCGUCUUCUCCGAGAUGAAGCACUACGUGGCCCACAUGGUGGAGCAGCUGGUGAUCUCGCCGCAGCCCGCCACCGCCGACCACCACGCGCGCGUCGCCGUGGUCCAGCAGAGCCCUUACGAGUUCCUCCGCAACCAGUCCGGCAUGCCAAUCAGCGUGGCGUUCGGCCUGACCGAGCACACCUCGGCCGCGGGUGUGAGGGCUUUCCUGCUGGGCAAGACGCCGCAGCUGGAGGGAGGCCGGGACCUGGCGUCGGCACUGGAGGGCACGGUGGAGCACGUGUUUGAGGCCGCGCCACAUGCACGCCGGCUCAGGUGCAUGGUGCUGAUGGUGACGGGCUCUGUAGCCGAGCAGGAGGAGAGGCUGGUGAGGGCCGCCACCGAGGCCAAGUGCAAGGGUUACUUCCUGGUGGUGUUGGGCGUCGGGGACGGCCUGACUUCUGAGGACGCCCGCGUUCUGACCCGCGUGGCUAGCGAGCCAGCUGACGUCUUCUUCAAGAGGGUGGACAAGUACGCCGGUUUCUAUGAGGACUACAUCCAGAACUUUGGACGCCUGCUGCCCAAAUAUCUAGGCCUUGAUAACGCCUUCUACAUGUCUCCUGAACUUGCCCAAACCUGCAAGUGGGCGCAGAAUGACCAACCCCACAAAGUGCCCGGAAAAGUACACGAAAACACACACGAGAAGCACCAUGUUCAGCAUGAGCAGGCAGGCCAUGAGAAACACCGUAAAGACCCUCACAUAGGGGAAUUGCACGUGUCCGACGUGACCCCUCACGGCCUGAGCCUGCACUGGGCCGACGCCGGGCACCCCCGCGUCACGCACUUCGAGGCCAUCGUGGUGCGGCUGCAGGACCACGCACCGGUGUUGCGCAAGAACGUCACCCAGCCCCGCGUGCACCUGGAGGGGCUGCAGCCCGCACACACCUACCACGUGGCCGUCUCGGCACGCACCGCCAAGGGCGAGGUGGUGGCCGUACACAAGGGCAUCUUCACCACAAAAGGGGUAGAAGAUAUGCAGAAGCCCAAGAUUACAGCAGGGGUGCAUGUCUCUACGGGCCCUCUGAGUAAACCAGAAGUCGCUCCUGAGGAGGACACCAAGUCAUCAGAAGAGUCUAAGGCUGCUCCAGCUCCUGUGGACGUGUGUCAGCUGCCCAAGGAGGAGGGCACGUGUGUGAAGUUCGUUCUGAAGUGGUACUACGACAGCCUCACCAAGGGCUGCAGCCGCUUCUGGUACGGCGGCUGCGCCGGCAACGGCAACCGCUUCGAGACCAAGGAGGAGUGCGAGACGACGUGUGGGAAAGCAGCACCAUCGGGUCCAGGGGUGAUUGCGGCGGUGAGAACUUAAAAGGGGGUUGAAAACACUCAGCUCCGAAAAAAACCUCAACCGACCGACAGCAGGAGAAGAAGGACGUGACACCAAGACGCUGUGCCAAAGUGAAGGUGCCUGCACUGGAUUCUGCCAAAGGAUACAAUCCAAAGAAAUCUUGAAGCAAUGUUUUUUUUUUUUUUUUUUUUUUUAAAGAAGUUUUAUCAUGAUGUUUUUUAAAGUUGUUAUUGUUUUUGGUGCCAUUUUUUUUGUAUUGUUUCAGGAUGAGAACAACAAAUCUUAAAACACAGUGAUUGUUUUGUUUGUGGGUUUUUUUUAAAUAAGGGAAAUUAAAUGAAAUGAAACAAGAUAUUUACCUUAUAUGAAUGUCUUGGUUUAAGAGUAACGAAAAGAAAAUUGCACAGUUCGAUAGAUGUCAGAGGACUUUAGUCACUAAAUGCUAAGCUAUCUUACUCGUAGUCAGUCUGUUGCGAGUGAGACAGAUCAAACACUAGUAAAUUCCCCUCCAGGAAAAAAACAUUUUUACUGCCACCAAAAUAGUCACUCACACCACCGCAACUGUUCUUUCUACUCUUUUGUUGUUGUUUUUGUAUAUCAUAGCUACAAUAUCACUUCUUGUUGACAAGGAAUUGUUUUUGUGUAACCAAGAAAUGAAAUGCACCUCUUGAGCCAGUGGCUCAGCGUAAAAGUCAGGUCUAAAAGUUACAAAUGUUACGAAAUGCCCCUCCGUCAUGUUUUUGGUGCUAGUUUCCAUUUCACUGUGCAUUUGGGGGACAAAGGGGGAAAUAAAGAAAUAAAUUAGACUUUAUACAAAACCAAAAA